ACUAAAUGAAACACAAAAGAGUAAAAUUAUCACUCAUAGAAAAAGAAAUAUUUUUAGUAUCAGCAAUUGAAUUUUGGACAAAAGGUAUGAGUAAUUAAGAUUGAAAAAAUAAAUUAUGGGAGCUGCGAAUGGAUAUUUCAACGGAUAGUUGUUUAUCAUCAUGCCUGUGCAAUUAGUUAGCAGAAUAGCUUUAGAAGAAGUACAGAUGGAAGACAUUAAAGAAGGAGAUUUUCAAAACUCGGUGAGCAGUGAUAGUACUCUGGACAGUGGCAAAAGUCCUCCAAACAAUGACGACACCAUAGGAAGCUGUUCGAGUUUCGCUUACAAAGCUAUUGCCUCUGAAGCGAGUACAUUGAAAAACAGUACCGCCAAACUCUACCCUAGAAGUGUUUCCAGGUACAACGAAUCAGUUUCAAAACAUGCAUCAAGUAAUAGCCUCAAUGAAAUAACUGAAGCGGAGAAGGCCCAAAUAACAAGGAGAAACAUGACAACUGUUUUCGUGAGCAUUUAUGGAAUUCUUUUAACGGCUACAGGAGCUGUAAUUUACGUUAAUCAUCAAAGUUCAGAUUCCAGACAUGUCAGUGAGGUUUUUAGCACGUCUAUUGCAGCUAUUGGGAUGGCAUGGUUGAUAUUUUUACAUCUAGAUUUAUACCGUUACAAGCGACAGAUUUUUAAAAACAUUAUAGUUGGUUCUCACCAGAUGGAUAAAAUCAGCACGAUUACAGAUUUUAACAUGGCUGCAACAUUCAUAGGGAAUGAAAAUCCACCGUAUCAGUUUCUGAGAGGACGACACAGUGGAAGCUUUUACUUGAAAGCCGGAUUAGCAGUAUUCUGCUUUGGUCACCUCAUCAAUGAAGGGCUGAUGUUGGGGCAGGAAUUCAUCAACUUUGUACAAGAAUAUCGCGUAGAUCUUGGCUGCGGAGAUACCUAUUCUAUGAUUCAUCACAUUAUUAGGCCAGCCUAUUCCUUUUAUCAACUCUUCAUAGUCUUCAAAUACUCCAAUAUAAUUAUUAACCGCCACAAAGUUCUAGCUUGCUUUGCAUUGAUGCAUAUAAUGGCUUCCUGCCUCUGCUUUUGGUUUGGAACAAUUCUAGAAGAAGCUUUAGAAGAAUAUCAUCAUGAUGAAAAUGACGUAACAAUCGAAGAUCUAAAGAAAAAUGCUACUCAACUCAUCUUUUCAGAUACUUCUAUUUGUUCUCGUUCAGCAAACAACAGCUACUGUAUAUGCUCAGCAACAGCCAUAUUAUCCGUCAACAAUGUUCAAGCCAUACCAUACCUAUUCCCCUUUGCAAUCGAAUUUAAUAUUUUACUAGCAGGCGUAUGGUUUAUAAUGUGGACAAACAUAGGAAAUAACAGCCACCACGCUGAUCCACACCAUUUUCAUCACAAAGUGCACACUAAUGACGGAAUAGAAGAAGUGACCUACCACAGCAACUUAGUCAUCAGUGCCGAUUGCCAUGCAUCGAACAAAGGAUUGUUCGCAGGACUGUUCAUUUUGAUGACGUCGAUCAUCUCAAUUAUUGCUUUCUUUGUCACGAUGAGCAUCAAAGAAUAUCAAGAAGUUGCUGUUGCAAUACAUACUGUACAAGAAGGUGCUUUGACAACACUAGCUUUGAUCGGUGUGAUCUUGGGCUUUAGGCAGCUCUCCCAAUUAGAUUAUAGCUUGAAUCCAAUACAUUUCCUAGAUGAUCUUCUGCUUUUUGUGCCUCUUCCUUUCUUUUUCAUUCAAGCUACAAUGACUAUAAUAUCAGAAUUUCAAAAAAAGACUGUUAUGAGGAUAUUCAUGUCUGUACUAAUUCCAGUACAAGUAAUACUGCAAACUCCAUUCCUAAUUGAUGGCUUGCGCAGAUGUAGCAAUUCCCAACAACUAAGAUACAAGAAACCGGGAAGAGAGAUUGUGACUUUCCUAAUUAUUUGUAAUCUUACAAUGUGGAUUAUAAAUACCUUUGAAGCAAAGAGCGUAGAAUCGCACUACGGACUACACGUGUAUUUUGGAAAAUAUGUGUGGAUGUUUGUUAGUCAUGCAACAUUGCCAUUGAUGUUGUUUUACAGAUUCCAUUCAUCAGCCUGCUUGGCUGACAUUUGGAAAUCCGCUUACAAUAAAGAAGAAUAAAAACAGAUAUGAAACUAAUAAUAUGAAAAUUCAGAUACUGCUUCAGGACAAAAAGAAAUAAAGUCUAUUAAAUGCUGUUUGAAAAGUUAGCUCAAAGUUUCGAAAGAAUCACUGGAUAGGCCAAUUCUUAAGAGUGAAUUUUCAACAUAAAAACUUAAUUUUCAAAAGAAAUACUUUUUAAAAGCUAAAUAGCUGAUGUGAUAGGGGUGAUACCUUUGUGAAGAUAAGACUGACGCUCUUGUAACAAUGCUGGUGAUCCUCUUAAAAUAAAAUAAAAAAUACUUAUUAUUAAGGAAAA